GCGGAUGGAUGGGUAGCGCUAUCCCGUGGGAAGUUGAGUUGUGGACGUUGUUUUCAUGAGAGAAAUUGGAAAUUGCGGCGAGUAGUGCUGACGAAAUGGAGGAAAUGGAUAAAAAGUUGGUGAACCAAAAGCUGUGCUGGAAUGCGAACAAUAUGCGUACCAGUUCUGAUGGUAUGGAGCGGGAGGACGAGGGUCAAGGACCGGAAUAGUCGGUAGUGGAAAGACCUAGGAAGAAGAGAGAUCAUGAUACAGAAAGCAGUGCAGCGUCUAGUAAAGAAAGCAUAAAGAGGGCCAUGGUAGGACGCAAGCGUAAUGAUGUGGAAAGUGGUGAUAGUGUUUGAUGAGACCACAGGGCCUCACUCACUGUACAUGCUAUUCGACUAACUAAUGCCGCAGAGAAAGAGGAAAAUGUUUUGCCCUGGGAAAGAAAACCGAUUGACUGAACAAAGGAAAGUCUCUGCCUCCCAUGUGGGAAAACUCCGCAAUAAGUUAAAAGCCAUCCUGAAGAAAAAGUACCAAAGUCCACCAGGGGGAGAAACUGAGCAUCCAUUUUAUAUACAUUGUGAUCUCCAGUAUCCACCUGGUGAAAGUAGCAAGGAGAACCAACAUGAGUACAUUCUAUCUGAGCCAGGCUACAGGAGAAGACAUCAAGGAACAUGUUCAUUCCGAAACUCAGAAGUCGAUGAGCCUAUCAGAACAGCUCUGACAAAGGGCGUCUCUGGUAUUGGCAAAACUAGCCAGGUGCGGAUGAUGAUUCUUAACUGGGCAGAGGGAAAAGGAAACCAGGAAGUUCAACUAAUAUUUCCCCUUCCUUUCCGAGAGCUGAAUUUGCUGAAGGAGAGACUGAGUCUGAUUGAACUUCUUUACGAGUUUUUCCCAGAAUUGAAAGAACCUGGAAUUUGCAACUUGGAGAACUGCAGAGUUGGGUUCUUCUUUGACGGGCUGGAUGAAUUCCGUCGUCCUCUCGACUUCAAGAACAGCCUGAUUGUGACCAAUGUCACCGAGGUUUCCUCUGUGCCAACACUGCUGACAAACCUCAUUAACGGUAAUCUCCUUCCCUCCGCCGCUCACAUAUGGAUUACAUCCAGACCUGCGGCAGUUAGUCGCAUCCCUCUUCAGUACAUUGACAGAGUGUCAGAAAUCGAAGGCUUCACCGACUCCCAGAAAGAGGAGUUCUUCAGGAGAGCAAUCAAUGACGAGAACCAGGCCAAAGCAGUUAUCACCUACUUGAAGAACUCGAAGGGCCUCUACAACUUGUGCCAGAUACCUUUUAUCUGUUCAAUCUCAGCGUCAAUUCUCGAGAAACAGACAUAUGUACCCGACAAAACAUGCGAACCUGUCGCACUAACUCCAUUAUUUAACGACCUACUCAUCCUGUUACAAAUGGCGAACCACAAUGUAAAGAUAGUUAGCGAAUUGGGGGAACUAGCCUUGAAGCAGUUGGUGAAAGGCAACACGGUUUUCUACGAGGAAGACCUACGUGAGUGCAACAUUGAUGCCCGAGUGGCAGCUGUGUACGCAAAAGGGAACAUACCCAUCUUCAGGGAGGAUAUUGGGCUGCACCAACAGAAGAUCUACUACUUUGGGCAUACCACCAUUCAGGAGUUCUUUGGCGCAUUGCGGUUUCUUCAAUCUGUUGACGUCCAAGACGAAAACCGGGCUGUCAACCAGAAAACCCAGUUCGAGAGAACUCUCUGGUUUUUUAGAGAUGCCACCCAACUCAAGAGCGCGGUGGACAUGACUUUGCGGAGCAAGACCGGACACAUGGACCUCUUCCUUCGUUUCCUCCUCGGCAUUGCGCAGAACUUUAACCAGAUGUUCUCCGAGGCUGGCUUCACCUCGUCUACUACCCUUCCGGAAAUGUUAGUGUACAUCAAGGAGAAGGUCUUGGAGAAUCCCGCUUCGCCGAGGACCCUCAACCUGCUGAACUGCCUGAGGGAACUGAAAGACUACUCUCUAGACAACGAUAGUGUGCACUUUCUCAAGACGGGAAUCCCCCCAGAUGCCAAAUAUCCACCUUCACAUUGGUCUGACCUGGCCUCUCUCUUAGUGGCAUCAGAGUCUGGGCCGAUAGACAUGCUUGGGUUGGAAGUAGAGAACAGAGGAGACGAGGAACUUCUGAGGAUGCUGCCAGUGAUCAAAGCUUCCCAGACAGCCACACUGUCGUAUCACAACCUGACUGAGAAAUCCUGUGAAUGUCUGGGCUCGGCGCUUACCUCAAAGGUGUCCAAUCUGAAAACUCUGGACCUGAGUUUCAACAUGCUGAAGGACUGCGGAGUGCAGCUGUUGGCGGCCGGCCUGGCCGAGCCACAUUGCCGACUGGAGAGACUGAAACUGUCUGGCUGCAGGGUGAAACAGAAUGGCUUUGCAGCUUUGGCCAAAGCUCUCAAAUCCAACCCCUCGCACCUGCGAGAGCUGGAUCUGAGUGGCAACGAACCGGAAGAAUCGGGGGUGUUUCAUCUCGUUGACGGACUAAAGGUUGUUAAGUGCGAACUGCAGAUCCUGAAGCUCUCAAACUGCAAGCUGGGCCUGGAGCUGAGUCGCGCUCUGGCGGUGUUGCUGAUAGACAACCCCAGACACCUGCGAGAGCUGGACGUCAGCAUGAACGACCUGGGAGACCGGGGGGUGAAGCUGCUCAUGGACAUACUGAAGUCAACCCAGAUAUACAAACUGGAGUUGUACUGUUGUCAGCUCACUGAGAAAUGCUGUGAGAACAUGUUUGGAUGUCUGCUGAACAUCCCCAGUCUGAGGGAGCUCAACCUGAGCAACAACAACCUGAAGGACGAGGGGGUCAAGAUGCUCUGCAACGCCUUCGGACUGCCUGCCUGUCAACUGGAGAAACUCAAUCUGGCGAGCUGUGGCUUCACGUCUGAAGGCUGUCGAUGUCUGGUUGGAGGGUUCAGUUUCAGCCCCACCUUCCUCAAACAGCUGGAUAUCAGCAGGAACCACCUGGGCCACUCAGAUGUCGCGUUUUUCCUGUUCCUCAAAACUAUACGCUUUUCACUGGAGACCCUACGACUGAGUGACUGUAAGAUGACAGAGCUAUGCUGUCCAGAGCUGGUCGAAGCUCUCCGCUCCAGUCUCACCAACCUGAAAGAGCUGGAUCUAUCUGGUAACGAACUGGGAGACAUCGGUGUGAAAACACUCUGCAUGGGACUGACCUCAACAACCUGUAAACUGGAGAGACUGUUUCUGAGAUGCUGUGGGAUCACAGUAAAGGGCUGCUCCUCCCUAGCCGUAGCCCUGAAGUCCAGCCGCUCCAGCAUCACAGAACUAGGCCUGAUGGGAAAUGACACGGGAGAAGAAGGACUGAGAAUUCUCUCCGGCAUCAGGGAUGACCCACGCUACAAACUACAGACUCUAGAAAUAAACGAUUGAGUAGCCUUGCUCGCUGGAUGGAGGUGGUUCUUGGCUCGACCUCUUCCCAAAUCUGGAGUGAAGUUACUGAACGAGGAACACUCUGGAGUGAAGAUACGAAACGAUUGGCUGACAAGUCUCGACACACUAGCUCAACAGUAAGCACUUGACGUGCUUUGGAUCAACGGGACUGGUUCACUGACUGUUGACCAUUUUUAAAGUGCCUUUCAGUAUCCUGGCUGCUCACACUUGAACAGAAGACCACAGAGUAUUUACCUAGAACCAGAUAGUCAGGCUGAAAUGACACACACACACAAACACUGUUACUAACUCCGUUCCUCUGGUCUUGCUACAGUAUCAACUCAUUUAAUCUUUGCAGAAGCCUUACAGUAUGUUUUGCACAUCAGUAUGUACACUAGUAUGUAUAGCCUUUGUAACAGGCGCCUCUGCUCCUCAGACGCACAUGACCGGCCUCUUGACAACGUCUUAGCCAACUACGGUACCGAACAGCUAGCAGUUUGGUGGAGUGAGGUUACGUUAUAGCGUCUCUGAGGGAGAAGGAUGAUGCAACGUUUUAUUUUUAACACUGGUACAGUCCCUUGGUAGCACAGUCUUUUUUGUUUUUCAAUUUUUAUUUGAUAGUGCUUUCUCUUAAUUCUUAAUUAAGAUAACCAAACGUUUCGGGAAAUGUGUACAGUAGUACAACUCUUGGUUUAUUUAUUAUUGUUGCGUACAAUGUACAUUUUACCCAAAUAUACCUAGCUACUUCUA